CGAAGGUCGAAUAGGAAUGGCUGCUGUGAGGUUGAGAGAGGGGAUGGCUUUUGAUGGCUCUGUCAUGCAUCAACACGUGGAGAGCUACCUGCCUGCAUACAGCAGACCACGUUUCAUUAGGAUCCAGAGGGCGAUGAACAUCACCAGCACCUUUAAACAAAUGAAGGUGAAGCUGGCUGAGGAGGGAUUCAACCCAAAGACCAUCCAGGACCCACUUUACUUCCUGGAUGAUGAGAAGAAGACUUACGUGGCCAUGACGGAGGAUAUUUUCAGUUCCAUCUGUGACGGAAGACUGAGAUUAUAACGAGGAGGAUGGAGAGAGAGAGAACUUUCAUUCAGCCUGUAACAACACAACUGCCAAUCAAGUGCCUUAAAAUCAGGGAAAGUUUAUUUUCUAUUUAAACAGAGCCAAACAUAACCAAAAUGUGAUUACACUGGUGCUAGGCCACAAAAAUAACAGAUUUUUUACAUGAAUUCUGAAUUAAGUAAUAAAAGUAGCCAUAGCACAGAUCUCUGUUUAAUACCAAAAGCAAUGAUUUUUGUAUAAUUUUGAAAAUAAUUAUGAAGGUGGGGGCUGUGGGUUAAUGAUUAAUUAAAGAACCAGUGGGAAAUCUAAAGUUAAUAAAGGUUUGUAAGAUAUUUGUA